AGUAUGUGUAUUAUUAAAAAACAUACAUAUUUCAUCAUUAGUAAAUAACACAGAUGGCUGUUUGGUUUGGGUUUGGCAAUGCCAUUUCGAACAGGCGCUUCGGGGACAGCUAUCGGCAGGGGUCCCCGGAACAGCACGUGAACGAGGGGUCAGAGGCCAUCAUGGGUCGCUCCUCCAAGGACAAGCGGGACAUUUACUACCGUCUAGCCAAAGAGGAGGGUUGGAGAGCCAGGAGCGCCUUCAAGCUGCUGCAGCUCGACCACGAGUUCAAUCUGUUCACAGGUGUGAACAGAGCAGUGGAUCUGUGUGCAGCUCCUGGCAGCUGGAGUCAGGUCCUCAGUCGAAAACUCAGAGUGCGUGAGGAGAAGGAUAAGAAGAAUAGUGAGGACGUGAAGAUCGUGGCGGUGGACCUGCAGGCCAUGGCUCCUUUGCCAGGAGUCACUCAGAUCCAGGGAGACAUCACCAAGGUGUCGACAGCUCAGGAGAUAAUCCGUCACUUUGAGGGUCAGCCGGCCGACCUGGUGGUGUGUGACGGAGCUCCAGACGUUACCGGGCUCCAUGAUGUGGAUGAGUACAUCCAGGCUCAGCUCCUGUUGGCUGCUCUGAACAUCACCACUCACGUCCUGAAACCUGGAGGGACGUUUGUGGCCAAAAUCUUCAGAGGUAAAGACGUGACUCUGCUGUACUCUCAGCUGAAGAUCUUCUUCAGUGGUGUGACCUGUGCCAAGCCUCGCAGCAGCAGGAACUCCAGCAUCGAGGCCUUUGUGGUGUGUCAGAAUUACUCUCCUCCUGAAGGUUACAUCCCCAACAUGUCCAACCCUCUGCUGGAUCAUUCCUACGAUGUAGACUUUAACCAGUUAGAGGGUCCGAACCGCGUCAUCGUUCCUUUCCUGGCGUGUGGUGAUCUCAGCGCCUUCGACUCAGACAGAACCUACCCUCUGCAGCUGGAUGCUGAUAAACCGUAUCAGUACACCCCCCCAACCCAGCCGCCCAUAAGGCCCCCCUACCAGCAGGCCUGCCACCUUCGCAAAAACAACCUGCUGUCCAGAGAGGACGCUCUGUCCAACUGUCCCAACCAGAGUCAAGACGAGAUGGAGCCACCGGCUGAGUCCACCUGAUCCGUUUGACUGCUGCUGAUUGAGUUAUCAUUAAAGGAAUGGUCUGGCAUUUGGGGAAAGUUGGAUAAGAAGAUGGAUAUCUGUUUGUUGUCCUGGUUCUAUCUCUGUACUGGACGCACAGAAAUUAAACAUCCAUCUUCUUAUCAGACAGAAAAGACUGUUCCUUUAAUGAUAACUCUGUCCUCUGUCUGCUCAUGUUUUCUUUCUCGUCCAAUCUUUUACAUCGCUGUAAUGGAUGUUCUUCCAAAUGGAGGAGUGUGUUUUUAUUCUUUUGUCUGAUUUUAUGUGGAGUAUUUUGUGUAUAUUUUAGAAAUUAAAUGUAUUUUCUUUGAUGCAAGCCAGCAUCGUGGUUUAUAUGAAUUGUGGUUUGAGAUUAAUUAAACUCUGAAUUAUAUUUUUUGUCUAUAAACAAUAUUGAAUUGUCAGGAAAUCGUAGUUACAAUAAAUGUGAUAAAACAUUGUGCUGCCAUUUUGGUUUAAAUGCUGAUGAUUUUGGCUCACAAAUUAGCUUUUAAAUUGUUUCCUACUAAGAUUUACAUGCCUAGAUUAAGCCUAAUAAAAAAAGUUAAAAUAAAAACAGUUGAAUUUUUCUGGAUACUGAAAGUUUAUAGGAUCUCCAAGUCUGCCCUGUCAAGUUCUGCAGGAAGGUGCCUCUACUGAGCUUUAAAGUGACUGAUGCAGUCUGGAAUUUAAGUGUUAAAGGUCACCUUGAAAUGAAACAGGUUAUCGGUUUUUUUUUUUUUUUAAUCGGUUCAGUGUGUAAGUUUUGGUGGCAUCUAGUGGUGAGGGUUGUGAAUUGCAACCAACGGCUCAGUCACCGCUUACCGUCCCUUUGCAAGCGCGUAGGACAAGAUGCGGUGGCUGACAGUGUCGCCUCUUGUGCUAAAUAAUAUGUGUGGUCCUCUAUUUGUCCAAAUUUCACUUCUCUUCUUAGUUCUAACAAACCAGACGACUACUUCUAAUACUGCUUCUUCUUCAUAAGUAUUAAACAUUGUGACUAAACGCGUUCUGUAGAGCAGUUUGUUCGUUUGGGCUACCGUAGAAACAUGGCGGCGCAACAUGGUGACAUCCAUUUAAGGCGAUCCGCAAUGUCUGUAGAUAGAAAUGGCUCAUUCUAAGGUAAUAAAAGCACAACUGUU